CAGCAUUCACAAACAACGUCACACGUCCACACAAUGAAGCAAAAACUUUCAAUGAAGCGUUUUUAGUUUUUUCAUCAGAUCAUAGUUUGUGAUAGUUAUACGGAAGUUGUAAGCAGAAGUAGCAGCUUUAGUUCCUCAUUCAGAAGCCCUUCAAGGGUUUCACACUGCAGAAUGGAACCUCUGUUCAUCACCAUUCUGGCUUUCUCUGUGAUCUCAGUUUCCAGAGCUGAGGAGUCUUUGUGUCUGUUUGUGCGUGAGGGAGGUUCUGUUCGUCUGGAUGUGCAGGGAUAUGAAGGACUCCAGUUUAGCACCCUGUCCUGGUAUUUUAAUAUCUCCACAACCAUACUAGAAUACAUUAUCGGGUUUAAACUGACAUUUUAUAAUAAUUAUAACAUCAGCACCGAAUUUGAUCAAAAGAACUUCACUCUGCUGCUGAAGAACGUGCAGGAGAGAGACAGUGGGAUCUACACAGCAAAGAUAACUGAAGAAGGACAGCUGAAAGAUCUUGCUUCCUACAGCAUCACAGUUCAAGAGGCCCCGCCCACACCAGAGGUGGGAGUGGCAUUACUCUCCUCAGAUGGAGGGUUCUGUAUGGUGUCAGUGAACUGCUCUGCUAAAGACACCUGGGCCAGCUACACCUGUGACCAUGACGACUGCACACAGGUAGCAAAUACAACCUCACCAACAGGAGUCAACAUCAUCGUCACGGCAACCAAUGGGACCAUCCACUGCAGCAGCAGUAACCGGGUCGACGCAAAGACACAAUCAGAAUCCAUAAAGGACUUCUGUACACCGAUCAAGGACAGUUUUCCUGUGGGAGUCACUGUUGUCACCAUCAUCAUCAUCAUCAUCAUCACCAUUGUCUAUGUCAUUUAUAAAAAGAGGAGGAUAUCUGGAGGGUCCCAGAUACAGGAAAAGUGCAACACUGAAUAUGCUUCUGUUGAGGGUCUGGGUGUGGAGCUCAGUAAUACAAGCACGGAAGUAACCGUGUAUGAAACAGUCACCACUGCAAAGCCAGAGCACCACCCAAAAGUGAACACGGUCUAUGACGUGUUGGGACCAGCAGGAGACCCUCCAACAAAACCUGAGUCCAUAUAUGCCACCGUGAAUAAGGGUGCAUCUUAACCCUUACAAGAGCAGGCUUUUUGGAAUGCUUUGUUUUCAAAGUUUUUCAAAGUUCUAAGUGUUCGAAAACUCCACUGUUCUCACUUAAAGGCAGUUACAUCAGCAUUAGAAUGGUCGGUUAAGAACAUUCUAGUCACAUACUUGCAAUCUCACACCGUAAAUUGUGAUCACAGACCAUGUGGUGGAGGUUGCAGUAGCAGACUGGGGUGCCGUGUCUCUUUCUCCGCGUGGUUUGUAAGCCUGAUUUUAGUAAAACUGUUUUACUGUUUUUUUUUGGUAAACAGUAAAAUUAAAAUCAGUCUGAUUUUAAUUUUACUGUUAAAAGUUGAAAAAAGUCUGUUUUAAUCUGUACAAAUUAUGUGACUCAGCAAACUUUUUAAAAAUUUAUUUCCUCUUCAUUAUUUCAUAAAAAUUAUUUACUACAUGCCAUAUGCCGCUAAUGUGAAAGUCAAAAAUUCUUGCAUUAUUCAAUUUUUUUCACCCCCAGGGAGAGUGAGUUAAUUCACUGUAUUAAAACUGAGGAUUUUCUGGUUUACAGGUCUUUUUUUCAAACUACACAAUCACUUGAUCAUGUAGGAAAAUUUUGAGACUCCCCAUGAUUGAGAUGACGUCACAUGUUAAAGUUAGGGUAUUCCCAUCAAUGUUGAUCAAACUGUUUCCUCCAAACUCUCGAUGCUGCAUGAUAAAAAUAUAUCACAUGUAUAACAAUACACUAAUAUAAUCAAUAUGUAAUCCAAUAAACCUAUAUCAGUAGUUGCAGCUAAGCUUAUGGAAACGCAAGAAACCACAGUGUCCACUGUAGAAAAAAGCAAACGUAGAAGGCUUAAAAAAAACCAUACUUACUCAGCAGAAAACUAACACUACAUUAUUGCCAAGUAAAAAUGCUAGAAGGUGAAUAUUUUUCCAAAACUAACACAACGCUAUUGAAGUACUAGAAGACAACAUUUUUACAGUGACCCUUAUGUAAACUGAAUAUAUAUAGAAAAGUACAUGAGGCUAUAAAUCCUGUAACUUGUAUGCUUAAAGAAACAUUACAGAAUGAAGACUAAGAUUUGUAUAAAGGAAAGAUAACGUUAUCAUCUAAAGAACAGAAAAUCAUUGUGGUGCCAAGAAGGUCAGGCUGACCCAAGAGCAGGAAAAUCUAAAUAAUUGUGGUGCCAAGAAGACCAGAUGGCUGGUAUUUUUAGAAAUGUGUUAAGGGGAGUUGUGGGGUACAUUUGUGUAUAAAAUGUAUGUGAAACUGACAAU